UUCGUUGCCUCUGUGAGAGUCGGAAGUCCAUAUUUGUCGGAAUUUAUUUACUGAUGCUUGUUCAAUAAAGACUGCAGCAGUUUUGGGUUAUUAUUCCAUCGCUCCGCCUCCUUUACAUCUUCAUAAAAUCUGAUCACUGACAUGCACCGUGCGUUUUGUCCAUAGCUGAACUUGCAUUUGCUGUACUUCACUAGUCAGCCUUCGAGUGACAUGAUGAACCUGCUGCAAGGUCUGCUCGUCUCCGAAGCCGAGGAGAUGCGCCUCCUCGACCUGAUGUCCUACGUGAUGCUCCUCAUGGCGGCAGUAACUUUUUUCACUCUGCUUGUCGAGGACUUGCCCUACGGCAGGUACGCCAGCAGAAAGUACGGCUUUCCCGUGGGCGCAAAGUUGGCGUGGUUUGUUCAGGAGAUGCCUGCGCUCCUGAUCCCUCUCUGCCUGUUGCUCGGCACGUCCGGCUCCAAGCUGGGCCAUCUACCCAACCGUUUGCUGAUUAUCAUGUUCGUCUGCCACUAUACACAAAGGUGUCUCAUUUUCCCGUUUUUAAUCCGAGGGGGGAAAGGGACCCCCUUCAUAACAUUCCUACUCGCCUUUGUUUUCUGCAUGUACAACGGGUAUCUCCAAGUUAGAUACCUGAGCCACUAUGCAGAUUACCCAGCAGGCUGGGUUACACAUCCCGCCUUUGUCUCAGGAUCCAUACUGUGGCUGGUGGGGUUUCUGAUAAACCUACAUUCGGAUCACAUCCUCAGGAAUCUCCGGAAACCCAGGGAGACGGGCUACAAGAUCCCAACCGGAGGCCUCUUUGAGUAUGUGUCGGGGGCCAACUUCCUGGGCGAGAUUGUGGAGUGGGCGGGGUUUGCCUGCGCUGGCUGCUCCGUUCACAGCGCGUCGUUUGCCGUCUUCACCCUUGUGGUGCUGUCCAGCCGGGCCACGGCCCAUCACAGAUGGUACUUAGAAAAAUUUGAAGAUUACCCGAAAGGCAGAAAAGCUUUGGUGCCUUUCCUGUACUGAUGUAUCAAGUAAGAUAUGGGUGUAUAAAUGUGAUUAUAAUGUUAGCAAUAUUUAAAAUACAGUAGAAACCGCUUUUAUGGAUCAAAAACCUUGGGUCAGAAUCCUUCCUGUGCAAGUACUGUUUAAUUCGCCUAUAAUAAUCAAGUAGUCUGCUUAUAGUGUUCAUUUUGGGUAUUUUUAUACGACAUAUGGAAAAAAAUUAAAAUUACGGUAAUUCUUUACUUGCCUACUUUGCCUUGUAACCCUUCUGCUUCUGACUACAGCUACCUGAGGCUAAUGCUUCAUGUGCAGAAAACAUGACAGGAAAAAAAAGUUAUUUUGUCUAAAUUAUGAAUAUCUAUUCACCAAAGUUUAUCAUAAACUGUCAAAGACUAGGCAAAGAGAUGCACUAGUGAAGCUACAAUAAGCUGUAUUUUAUGCAGGCCUACAGAACUGUACUGUACUAUAGCGCAGCAAUUCUCAAACAGGGUCGCUGCAAGUUCAGAAAUUGUUCAUUGAUCGUACUUCAGGUAAAAUGUUCAAUUAAACAUGAUAUUGUUUUGAGUGU